GAGAAGAGAUGAAAGGAGACAAGGCGGCGAGCCAGCUGACCCUGGAAGAGUACGCCGGAUUCUUCCGCAACUCCCACCUCUGCCACCACCUCUCCCAUGACCAGCUUAACCAGAUCCCAGUUUCCCGUACUAGAAAUCCUUGGGGAGAAGAGCAAGAAGGAGAAGAAAAGAGAGGGUUUUAGGUUUUUUUCUUUGAAAUUUGAUGUCGUCCUUACUCUGUGGUUUGAUGGUUAUCAGAUCGUCUACAUGCAUGGAUUCCUGAAGCUGCACCGAUUGCAAAAGGCGUUCAUCGUGGACGCUCUCAACUCGCUGGAGCUGAUGCGCCCGGACAGGUCGACCGUGCAGGGCCAGGUGGCGACGCCGGUGGGCGUGGAGCUGUCACUGGAGGAAGCGAAGCAGGACAUUGCGGCGCUCGGGUGGCAGGAGUGUCCAUUGGGGUCUAUCAUCACGGUCGGGACCGCCGCAGAUGCAGUGGAGGCUGCAGUGCCCGUGUCCGUCUCCACCAGUCUCAGUCACUCGAAGCCAUCGUCCGCUGCAGGAGGCGGCGCUCAGCACAAGAGUAGUGGCAAGAAGAAGAGGAAACGGAUGUCGGCUGCUGUGGCUUCACAGCCUUCGCUGCCACCACAAAUGUAAGAGAAAACUAGUGAAAGUGAGUGUUGUUCCUUAUCACUUACAUUUUGCUACUGUACAGAGUAGACUAAUACUAGUUCUAAUGCAAGCUUAUAACUUGUAAAAAAGAAUGCCUUUGUAGAUUUUGCAUCCUUGUCUAAUUAAAUCUUGUUUACCUUCCAGCACAUCUU